CAACCGAAGCCACCAUUCCACCCCGCAAGUAAAAACAUCUGCUGUACGCAGAUUCCAGAAGAGCAACGCCACCACUUCGCAUCUUUUACGGUCUCGCAUUUCUCCUCUCAAAAACCCUAGCCUUCCGAGCACAAACUCGUUGAACUAUGGAUAUUGAAGAGGAGAUCCGCUCGUUACAACUAGAUUCAGCAGCAGAAGAUAACAAUGGGGUCUCUAAUCCAGAAGAUGUGAAACCAGAAGAAGUUGAAGUUCAGAAACCAGAUAAGAUGGAGGAAGAUUCGAAAGAUGAAGUUUGCAGAGAUUCUCUGCCAGUUGAGAACGUGCCAAAAGUGAAAGAAAAGGAGGUAGCCGCUACAGAGGAUGUGGAAGCUGAGAUGGAAAUAAACAAGAAGCGACACUUGAAUGUUGUGUUUAUUGGGCAUGUUGAUGCUGGUAAGUCGACAACUGGAGGCCAAAUUCUUUUCCUUAGUGGUCAGGUUGAUGAUCGUACGAUCCAAAAGUAUGAGAAAGAAGCAAAAGAUAAAAGUAGAGAAAGCUGGUAUAUGGCAUAUAUCAUGGACACAAAUGAAGAAGAGAGGGUUAAGGGGAAAACCGUUGAAGUUGGAAGAGCACACUUUGAAACCGAGACUACUAGAUUUACAAUAUUGGAUGCACCUGGUCAUAAAAGUUAUGUUCCAAAUAUGAUAAGUGGGGCAUCUCAGGCUGACAUUGGUGUGCUGGUAAUUUCUGCUCGUAAAGGGGAAUUUGAAACAGGUUAUGAGAGAGGUGGGCAGACUCGUGAACAUGUGCAACUGGCAAAAACCUUGGGUGUGUCUAAGUUGCUUGUUGUUGUGAAUAAAAUGGAUGAUCCCACUGUUAACUGGUCAAAAGAAAGGUAUGAUGAGAUUGAAGGAAAGAUGAUUCCUUUUCUGAGGUCUUCAGGCUACAAUGUGAAGAAAGAUGUUCAGUUUUUACCUAUAUCUGGUCUGGUUGGUUUAAACCUGAAUAAGAGAUUGGAUAAAAACAUAUGUCCAUGGUGGAAUGGUUCUUGCCUCUUUGAAGUACUUGAUUCUGUACAAGUUCCUUUACGAGAUCCAAAAGGUCCUUUUAGGAUGCCUAUAAUUGACAAAUUCAAAGACAUGGGAACUGUUGUGAUGGGAAAAGUUGAAUCUGGUAGCAUCUGUGAAGGUGAUUCUAUGGUAGUGAUGCCAAACAAGGUUUCUGUAAAAGUUAUUGGGAUAUACUGUGAUGAAGACAAAGUUAGGUGUGCAGGACCUGGUGAGAACCUACGGGUUAGAUUGUCUGGCAUUGAAGAAGAAGACAUCUUAUCGGGUUUUGUUUUGUCGAGUGUUGCCAAGCCAAUUGCUGCUGUCACCGAAUUUGUUUCCCAGUUGCAGAUCCUUGAGUUGCUGGACAAUGCUAUUUUUACUGCUGGCUAUAAAGCUGUUCUCCAUAUCCAUUCUGUUGUUGAGGAGUGUGAGAUUGUUGAGCUGCUACAGCAGAUUGAUCCAAAGACAAAGAAGCCACUUAAAAAGAAAGUCCUAUUUGUGAAGAAUGGUGCUGUUGUUGUGUGCCGUGUCCAGGUGAACAGCAUGAUUUGCAUUGAGAAAUUUUCAGACUUCCCACAGCUUGGGAGGUUUACUUUGCGAACUGAAGGGAAAACAGUUGCCGUGGGAAAGGUUACUGAUCUUGUUACAAGUGCUUAAACAAUUUUGUCAUCGAAGAGCUCAGCUUUUUUUGAACCCGAGAUCAGAGUAUUUAUAGUUACGACAACAUUGAUUCAGAUAGUCAUAUCACAGAACCUUUGGUGUCUUUAAUUAUGUGGGAUGUGCAUUGUUUCCGGUGCCCGUGAGUUUUUGAUGCUGCUUUUAUACAGGGCAUUGAUGCUCAGUGGUGUAAAGUUUGAUAAAAGAAUCGUCGAUCACCAUUUUUACAAAUGUUGUUUCAGAACUUGAUUGGUGUAAAAUUGCAUUAUUGUUUCAUGGGUCCUAAUAGUGCUAUGCUUCUAGUUCCUUGAUCUUCAAUUGUGAUGUCCAGUUGAUUUAUAUCGACAUCCUUUGACCCGGACAGAAUUUAUCUAUAUUUGGAGUGUUUGUUUAGUUUAUUUAGAAAUCCAUACACCUUGACCUUCAA